GCACAGGCUUUUGUCCCUCCUCAGCCGCCGUACAGCGCAAACCAAAAACGUGCUAACGAUAUGUUGUGAUUGUACGAGACUCCACAGUCGCAGCUUGAGCACAUGUUCCUUGUACUUGUAUAAAUCCACUCACUGCGAGCACAAGAUCCAGCAACGUUCAGCGUCGACCGCCAAGACAGCGACUGACACCAAAGCAAGAACGGCGAAAGUAGCUAGCAGCUCCUGAGCUUGAAGCUCCGUUACAAACAGCGAAAAUGUCAGCCGCGCAGGACGAGUCGAGGAAACGGAACAAGAGGCGGUAUCUCGCCGGCCAGCAGAGCAAGAGGUGGAAGGGCACCCGGCAGCUGGAGGUGGGCAUGCGGGGGAUCCUCAUCACAUGCAACAUGGACGAGAAGAAGUGCAUGGCGGAGGCCUUGAAUCUGCUCAAUGAAUACGCUGACAAGGUCUACGGGCCCGAGCAGCAGGAUGAUAACGGGAGCAGCAGCAGUGAAGAAGAAGACAUUGAUGCUGCACUGAAAAAGGAAGUGGCGCAGAUACAAGCGGCUGGAGCUAAACAGGAGCGGCGCUUCCAGGCUUUGGACAGUGGCGCCAACAAUAUCAUCUUCAUCAGGACGCAAAACCUGGAACCUGACAAACUAGUUCAUCACAUCCUGUCGGAUCUCCAUAGCACCAAGAAGAAGAAGUCCCGCGUGAUCCUUCGCAUGCUACCAGUCUCUGGAACAUGCAGGGCUUAUCAGGAUGAUAUAGUGAAGUACCUGACCACUUUCCUGGAGCCUUGGUUCGGAAAACCAAAUUGUGCUACGUAUCAGAUCAGGUUUAAGGCACGAAACAGCAGCCACAACAAGAGAGACGACGUCAUCGCCUUGAUCGCAGGCAUUGUGGACCAGCUGAACCCAAAGAACAAAGUAAAUUUUAAUGACCCACAACUGACCAUAAUAGUGGAAGUCAUCAAGACUGUGUGUUGUUUUGGUGUGGUCAGAGACUAUAACCUGUAUAGAAAGUACAAUGUUCAGGAAAUCAUAAAAGAGAACGCUCCAAAGCCAGAUGCCACAGCCAAAGUGGAUGAGAAGCCAACAGAGCAGGAGCACAAGUCUGAAACCAACCAAGAAGAGAAGAAAGGUGAAGAGCAAAGUUCCAAAACUGUGCAGCAGGACUGUGAAGAUGGUGAUAAAGGUGAAGACGGGGGGGAAUAAUCGAUCGUUGGAGGGUUUGAUUUCAAAUGUCUGUCUGUGUUUUAAACCUAAGAAUCAAAGCAAAUAUAAGUUGUCUUCAGAUAGAAAAUUAGAUAAUUGAUAUUUUGGUGUCAGUUUCACUGAGCUGUUAUUUUUUUUUAUUGAACCUACAUAUUUGGAUUCUACAGCUUGACUAUUUAGUGCUUGUAUAAACUUUUACUUUUGACAUUUUACGUCAGAGAAAACAGUCUGGUUCAGGUCUACUUGUGUGUCACACAGAAACCAAUUUCAUAGUGAAUUAAAUCCGCCUCUGUUUUUGAA